AUGUCUGUCAACAUUAAAGCCGAAGAACAGGCUUUUCAAGAUGAGGUCGCCCAGCUGAAUGCCUGGUGGAAAGAGCCCCGUUGGGCCCAGACUAAACGUGUCUAUCCUGCUGAGGAGAUUGCCAGAAAGAGAGGAACUCUUCUUCCUAAAUAUUCUUCGUCGACUCAGGCUGACAAACUCUACAAACUGCUACAAGAGCACGACAAGAACAAGACUGCCUCUUUCACCUAUGGUGCAUUAGACCCUGUUCAAGUCACUCAGAUGGCCAAGUUUCUCGAUACUAUUUAUGUUUCAGGAUGGCAAUCGUCGUCCACUGCUUCUACAUCUAAUGAACCUUCUCCUGAUUUGGCUGACUACCCUAUGGACACCGUUCCUAAUAAGGUGGAACAUUUAUGGUUUGCCCAGCAAUUCCACGACCGAAAACAACGUGAGGACCGUCUCUCUGUCCCUCUUUCUCAACGUGAAAAGCUGCCUUAUGUCGACUACUUGAGACCUAUUAUUGCCGAUGCCGAUACUGGACAUGGUGGUUUGACUGCUAUUGUCAAACUGACUAAGAUGUUUAUUGAACGCGGUGCUGCUGGUAUUCACAUUGAAGACCAGGCUCCCGGUACUAAAAAGUGUGGUCACAUGGCUGGUAAGGUGCUUGUGCCUAUUCAAGAGCAUAUCAACAGACUGAUUGCCAUUCGUGCCAGUGCUGAUAUCUUUGGUUCUAACCUGCUUGCUAUUGCCCGUACCGAUUCUGAGGCUGCUACUCUCCUUACUUCGACUAUUGACUACAGAGACCAUUACUUUAUUGUUGGCAGUACGAACCCCAAUAUCCCACCUCUUGUUGAUGUCAUGGUUGAAGCCGAGCAGCGUGGAGUCGUUGGUGCCGAGUUACAAAAGGUCGAAGAUAACUGGAUUGCCCAGGCUAAAUUGAAGCUUUUCCAUGAGGCCGUUGUUGACGAGAUCAAUGCCGGUUCUUACUCUAACAAGAAGGAGCUCACUGAUAAGUUCCUUUCUGCUGUUGGUCCUUUGACGAAUCAAUCCAACAACCAAGCCCGUCAAUUGGCAAAGAAGCUGCUUGGCAAGGAUGUUUAUUUCGACUGGGAGAAGCCCCGUGUCAGAGAAGGAUACUACCGCUACAGAGGUGGUACUCAAUGUGCCGUCAACAGAGCCCGUGCCUAUGCACCAUACUGCGAUCUAAUCUGGAUGGAGUCGAAGCUGCCCGAUUACGCACAAGCCAAGGAGUUUGCCGACGGAGUCAAGGCUGCCUACCCCAACAAGUGGCUCGCAUACAACCUUUCACCUUCAUUCAACUGGACUACUGCUAUGUCGCCUAGCGACCAACGAACCUACAUCGACCGUCUUGCCAAGCUUGGCUAUGUCUGGCAAUUCAUCACCCUCGCCGGUCUUCACACUAAUGCCCUUAUCUCGCACAACUUUGCCAAGAGAUAUAGCGAAAUCGGCAUGCAAGCCUACGGCGGUGACAUCCAGCAGCCCGAGCUCGACUCCGGCGUGGACGUCGUCAAGCACCAGAAGUGGUCGGGCGCCGAGUACGUGGACAAUAUCCUGAAAAUGAUCACCGGCGGUGUCACGUCGACCGCUGCCAUGGGUGCUGGUGUCACUGAAGACCAAUUCAAAUCAAAAGCUUAA